GUCGCACUGAAACCACUGGAAACACUAAACGGGACAACCUUAGCGAUAUUUAAGCCGUGAAUCUAUUACUCAAGCGUGAUAUUUCAUAACUGUUCACCGAUUUGUAUAGGUUGUGUCAACAAUGAAUCUGAGUGAAUUGAGACGAGAAACCGCCAAUUUCCAAGCGCGGUACAGGGUUUUGCAACAACAACAGUUUACCUUUGUAUAUGCCUUGGAUAAUUGUAGAACAGAUUCAUAUGAAAGAACUCGGCCAGUUAGAUGUAUCGCUACGGUUAAAGAAUACAUGCAGCGUAGUCACAAUGCUACUGAUAAGCGAGCCAUGAGACAGUGGUUAGACUUCUUACAAGAUUUGGAUGCUUUCAGACGAAAGCUUGAUGCAGAAGGAGAAAUGAAUGGUCCACUAGGUCAAGCUAUGGACAAGUGGAAAAUGUUAUUGAAUCCAAGUAAUGAUAUGUCAUCAUUGAGAGUUAAAUAUCCACAUCAAGAAGUGAAUCAUCUAAGUUGUGAUGAAGCCCGUAAUUACUAUGGCGGCGCUGUGAGUCUAAUCCCCACCAUCCUUGAUGUACUUGGAGUUGUACAGAGUCAGGUAGCGAUGUGCUGUGCUAAUGGUACCUGGCCACCCAUUAAAGACAAGUCGUUUAGAGCAUCCAGUGCAAUGAAUAGACGAUCACAAAUGGAAGGAGAAUUGUUAGGUCGUUCCCAAUCUUCAAUGGAUAAGUCAGUGGACACCCGAGACCUACGGAAAAGUAUGGGUGACAUGGCAACAAAGUGUAAACCAAAGAGAUAUGGUGGUCCCAAAUAUGACCUCGGUGACACAGCUUUCUAUAGAAGAACUCUGAAUGGAAGAGUGGAUGAGAUAAAAUUGAAACCAGUCAAGAAGGUACCUUGGCGUGGAGCUUCCAAAGAUAAUAUCAACCACGUGGAGCAUAGAAGAUUUAGAGAUAUCAAAGAUAGAGAAUAAUUUCAACAUUUGUAGUCUAUAGUUCAAACAUAUUCUCAGUUUCUUGUCCUAGCUCGUUGUGGAAAUUGUCACUGCUCGGAAUUUUCAUGUUUCAAGGAUUCAACAGCAUCUGUGAUAUCGUUUCAUGAAAGUUGCUGCAACUGUGUCGCUGUGUCUUUAGAAUCCCUAUUUAUCAGUUACAAAACUUACAAAAUACAAUCAAAUUUUUCUUUUGUGUUUAAUAUUAAACACGGUUUCAAGUUUUCAUAACACAGUAGUAUGUGGAUGAAAACCUGAUUGUAGGCAUUAUGACCUUGUUAGAUUUCAGUUUCGAUUAUUAAUCCUGAAUUGAAAGUGGUGUGAAUUGAAAAUGAACAUUGGCAAAGUGGUUUUUGAUUUUUGUUAUUAAUACCACAGUUAAAGACUGGACUCGACAUUGCUAGCACUGGCCUGGGUAGAUCCCAACAGACAAUUUUCUGAAUCUACAAAUAAAAAUUGUUGAAUCUUUGAUGGAGAUUAUCAAGGACGUAGUCUGCACUUUAUUUUAAAACUCAGCUUGACUUAAUAUGUAAAUAAUGUACAUAAUGCUUUUUAAUUACAGGAAUUGAUGUGGCUUGGAGUAAAGAAAGCACAAACUAUCUUCUAAAUACAUGUGGUUUAUAUAUACAUGUACAUUUAUGUGCCAUAAAAUUGUCCAAAUAAUUGUUUCACCUCUAGUAAAUGUAUCAACAUUGAAUUUUUUUUAUAGUAUAUAUCUAAGUUUUAGUUAUAAAGGUCUAUUUGUAUUCAAGCUGGGAAUAAUACCCAUAUCAAGUGAUAUUUUUGUUAAGGUUUCUUUUCUUUCAUUUUGAUUACAAAUACUAAUACAGACAUUUACCCAACAGCACUUUUAGUUUGUAAGAGGACACAUAACAAUGUACAGUGAAAGGGACAAAACUAGGACUUUCCUUAUAAAUGUAUUUAUAAAAAAAUGUGAAAGCCGAUCAUCAACUUUCAUUCAAAUAUUCAAUAGUGAUUUGCUCAAGAGCUAAACAUUGUCUACGCCCAUAAUGCACUGCAUGCCUUCACACGACUGCAAAUGCCCAAAUAUUAAAAGAGGCACUUGUCAAUUGAAUGAUGAACUAUUUCAGUAAUAUUUACUAAAUCUAACCUUGAUGUCAGAAUGCCAUUCCUACCAUCCAACCCGAGUUUGAUUAAUAAAAAAAAUGUAUAUUUAUAAAAUGUUAAUGACCACAGCCUCAUGCCCUUCACUGUAUUGUACUCUUUCAAAUAAACAUGCACCCAGAUAUUUUAUAGAUGUAUCAUUUUUUUUUAUUGUAAAACUUGUAUAGUAUAGGUGUAUAUAUUGAUGUGAUCAUUUUGCUUGAAAUGCAAUAGAGAAUCAAAGGGUUGACGAGGGUCGAGUGAUUACCAUAGCAACAGUGCCUUGAUUAAUGUCUUUAGAAUAUUUGUGGAUAGACUUAAUGAUUGUAGAUUUGCUCAUUUUAUCACAAGAUUAUUCUACAUUUAAUCCCUAAUCCCUGUAUUUUCUUUGUACAGAAUAAAAAGCGUUGUAUAUCAA